CCUCUCUUUGCUCCAGCCAGGUUCAACGAAAACUAUCCCGCCUCGCUUGCAUCCUCGUCGGUGCCCUCGACUCCCACGUCGAUGCGCUCUCGCAGUCCCUCCAUCUCGUCUCUCGAAACCAUCGAAGACAGUCCAGACGCAGAGGAAGAAGCAAUAGAGGCCGACCGCAUUGCCAGACUCAAGGCCGCAGCCGAUCGUGAGGAUGGCGGCGAGCCAAGGAGGUCCAGCUUGGACGCCCCCGAAGGCCGUGGCCGCAGCAUGAACUUUGGCAAGCGAGACUCCAGAAAAAGAUGGAGUGUCUGCGGAGCCGAGCGACGAGGAGACUUGGACCUGGAGACCAUUUGGGAGGACUGAUCAUCACAACAGCAUAUUACCAAGGAUUGGGUGGCGUUAUCACAAGCGGUGUUUUUUUAUUGCAUUUCCAACUCACUCAUUUAACCAGCGCGUGGAGUUUGGGAGUCGAUUCACCGAGUCUUGUGCCAGGUACGACUCGACUGAUCUGCAUUUUUUUUACUUUUUUGCUUUUGACAUUACGAUCGCCCAACGUCCCACGAGGGCUCGUUUCAAUCAACGGAAUGGAGCUGCGAAGUGGGUCUCACAUAUGUAGUAUGAUACGUCUUCACGAUACGAGACAGCCGUCAACAGAUGAUACCCUCCUUGGCAGGAGCGCUGGUUA